GUCGACGUCAACACUAAACCACUGUUUGUCUCAACACUUGUGUGAAAUCAGUCGCGAAGAUCACCACACAUCGGAUCCAAUGUCUAAAUUACGUAAACACGACCACACUAUGGAUGGAAGUGAUUGGGAUUUGUCUCUAUUGUCACUGAAAGAGGUUCCGGUGGAGGAUCUGAAGAAGAAUCCAAUGGCCAAACGCAUAGACCUGUCCAACAAUGCACUCAUUAAACUGCCGGACUCGUUCACAUCGUUAACACAUUUAGUUGUAUUGGAUUUGAGUAAAAACCGAUUAACAGAAUUACCGCAAAGUUUUGGUGAUUUAAACCGAUUGACUCGUUUGGAUCUCUACGACAAC